AAAAACAUUAACCGACAACCGGACUAUUUACAACCGCAUACGCGUGCAAUUCACAGGCAGUAGAAAGUGUGCCAGGAGGAUGAGUGGACCGGUGUACUAGCAACUGAUUGUUCCUGGAAGCUAGAAUGACUAAUUUAAUGACCAGGGUAUUUUUACAAAGAUUACCCCCAAAGCUAUGUGCUAGCAUCAGUGUGGGGAGUAUCCGAUACAGACAGAGCCACUGGGAACACCAUGGGGAUGGAUCAAGCAAAAGACAUCGGGUACAUUUUCAGAACUCGGCUGUUGCGGGUUUGAUUGGGGUAGGGGCUGGAGUCGCACUGUGGCUCAACUCGCAUCAUUCUGCAGAAGCAGCCAGUCUACUCACAACAGAGGAAGAGGUUUCUACCUUUGGGGCUUAUCACGAUGGUCUACCAGAAUAUACCCUCGACGAUGUGUCUAAACAUGCCACUAUGGAGGACAGGGUGUGGGUGGCAUACAGACAUGGGGUUUAUGACAUUACUGAUUUUAUCCAGGAACAUCCAGGUGGAGACAAAAUCCUCAUGGGUGCAGGAGGGUCUGUUGAACCUUUCUGGGCCCUUUAUGCCGUGCACAAGAACCCGCAUGUGCUAGAGUUGUUUGAGAAGUACAGGAUUGGAAACUUAUCUUCAAGUGAUGUUGGUGCUCAGGUUAAAGACAUGGAUGACCCUUACGGCAAUGAGCCUCGUAGACACAUCGCCUUAAAGCCUUCAUCAAAAAAGCCUUUCAACGCUGAACCUCCUCUCCCUCUACUUGCCGACAGUCUGAUUACGCCAAAUGAGCUCUUCUACGUCCGAAACCACCUGCCAGUCCCUGACGUAAAUGCCUCGACCUAUGAGUUGGACAUCGCUGAUGAAGAGACCGAUAAGGAGAGAGUUCUUACACUGGACGACAUCAAGAAGUACCCCAAGCACACUGUGACUGCCACAAUACAGUGUGCGGGUAACCGUCGCUCGGAAAUGACAAAGGUGAAAGCUGUCAAAGGAUUGAGCUGGGGCCAAGCAGCUAUUGGGAAUGCCAGGUGGAGUGGAGCACGGCUCUGUGACGUGCUCAAGGAUAUGGGUAUAGAGCGAGAAACCACUGAUGCUUUACAUGUACAGUUUGAGGGGCUGGAUACAGAUCCUGCACACAUGCCAUAUGGUUCAAGCAUACCCAUUGAGAAAGCGCUAGACCCCUAUGGAGAUGUUAUUCUGGCAUAUGAGAUGAAUGAUGAACCCAUACCAAGGGAUCAUGGCUACCCUAUCAGGGUUAUAGUACCUGGGGUUGUGGGUGCUAGAAAUGUCAAGUGGCUAGGUAGGAUCAUUAUAUCCAAGAAAGAAUCAGAUGCCCACUGGCAGCAGAAUGACUACAAAGGUUUUGCCCCAAACGUUGACUGGGACACUGUUGACUUCAAGAAAUCUCCUGCUAUUCAGGAACUGCCUGUCAUCUCUGCUAUUUGUGAGCCACUACAAGGAGAGACAGUGAAGGUCAAAAACAGCAAGGUCAAGCUGAGAGGCUAUGCAUGGAGUGGAGGUGGGAGGAAGAUCAUCCGAGUGGAUGUUUCUGCUGAUGGAGGCAAGACAUGGCAAGCAGCGGACCAGUUAGAGUCAGAUGAAUCAGGUCACCCACGUGCUUGGGGAUGGUCACUCUGGUCGGCUGAGGUCCCUGUGAGCAAGAAAUCAGGGGAGGUCCAGCUCUGUGUCAAAGCAGUGGAUUCUCAGUACAACACCCAGCCAGAAAAUUUUGAAAACAUCUGGAACCUGAGGGGUGUCCUUGCCAAUGCAUACCACAGAGUUAAUAUCAAUAUUGAACAGUGAGAAGGCUGUUUUCCAUUAUAUUAAAGAUAUUAUGGAAGGGCUUAGUUUGUGGUUGAAUGAAAAGAAAGGAGAUGGGUAAGGGGGUAAAUAGUGUGGAUAGUGUUUUUAUUUUUUUAUUUUAAGGAGGUUUGUCCUUAGUUAUGAUUUAAUGAAGAAGAACGUUGAUGUGUGGAUGUGUGUAAAAGGGAUAGUUUUUAUUUGUAUUCAAACAUGCAAUACUAUUAAAGAGUUUCAACAUGGUUUUGCUUUUUUUGUCUUUAGUAAGACUAACUACUAAUCAACACACCAUUGCAUUGUGUUAAGCCACCGUGAUAUGUAAGAAAAAAAAUAAUUUAUUAUAUGCUGUGACCAGAGACCUCAUAUGAGAUUAUAUCCCAGUCAGUAAGGGUAAUAUGAGAUUAGAUUAGAAUAGAUAUGAAAUAUUCAUAUAUUGCACUAAGCUUAGUAACAUACUUUCAGCUCUGAAGUGGAAGUAAAAGCUUUCAUUAUUGAUGUUAUUUUUGCUUAUUAAUUUUCAGCCUUUUUAACUCACUGGUGACAGGUACAUCCAAUUCCCACUGCAAUUUUGUUUACAUAUAGGUAGAUGAUUUCACAAGUACCUAAUUGCCUAGAAGUCUUCCUUGCCUUGCCUUUUUACCCAUUCUUGAAUUUUAGAGAAAAAGCUUUUUUAAUUUCAAAUACAGUUAAUAUUAAUAUUAUAUUAUAUAGUGAGUUUCUUUAGACUCUGUUGAUAGUAAGAGGUAGCAUAACAUUGUACUUGAAGUUUGCAGUCCUGUGAAUUACGUCUCUUUCCUUCUUUUUCUAUUUAUUAUUUUUCUUCUUAGAUAUGUUUAAUAUAAAACAAAUUAUUUUUUCUGCCUCCUCUUGCCUUCCAGCUUUUCAGACACUUCUAGCUAAUAUCAUUAUAAUGUACAAUCCCCCUCCAUUCCAAGGUACACCUCUCAGCAUUGCCACUUUGUGAACUGCCAGUUUUGAGUCCUGUAUCCAAAAUGCAUACCCCAUGGUAGAAAAACCCACAAUGUAAAACUAGAUUUAUUGAAAGUGAGACAUGUUGGCAUGUGUUUUGGAUGCAAGAGUGAAAAUUGGCAAUUAUAUCAUUGCUGCUGUCUUCCUGUUUUGUAAAACCAUGUUUGCUUGUUUGUUAUCAUUGUCUUUUGUAAAGGUGUGAUAUGUUUGCAUCUGCAUUUUUGUUGGGAGUUUUGGCAGACAUACACUUAUGGUUUUAGAUUUUGCAUUUGCUUUCCAAAUGUAUGCUUAAAGAGUACAUUUAUUCUUGAGCUGCUAUUGAUUUAAAAGUUUGUUAUAUUGAUACGAACACCCAAGUAAAUUACCAACAUGUAUGGUAAAGUGCCUCAUGCACCAGUGUAUGUGUGUUAAUGCAUCAGGAUUUUUAUUUUGAUAUAUGUAGUUAAAAAGUAUAAUAUAUAUAUGGAAAUUUCAUAAAAGUGUGAUUUCCAUGCACAUUAUGUCAUAGAGUUAACAUCAGAAUAUAACUACACUUCCAGUGAUUUUUUUUUCUCCAAAAUAUAUUUGUCUACUUAA